GCAACAAAAGAAUGCACACGAUAAUAAAAAAAACCGCGUCACGUUGACAUCCUCGAAAUCUUCCGUCCGGCUAAAUCAGCCCCGUUCGUCGUUCAUUUUGUGUCCGUCCAAAAUUCGAAGUACCUACCCCCCGUUAGAAGAAUGUCCAGCAAUUCGAUUCGAGAUCUCGCCAAAUCGGUCAUCAUGUUACUUCGCAAGGUCCGGAACCCCCACGGGAUGACGUUGAACAACAUCCAUCAGUACAUACGCGCCGCAUAUCCUCACAAGUCCCCCAAUUUGGUAACGUUGACCAACGUGUUGGAGAAAAUAUCGGCCGUGGGAGCGGUUGAGAAGAAAUACAACAGGUAUGUUUUAGGUAAUAUGAUAAAGAAAAGCGUAACAGCUAAAGAAAUUUCCCAUGGUAAAGUGAAGAGAGCGAUUCGCCAAGUCAAAGGAAGAGGAAGUAGAAGACGCCGGAGCAGGAGUAGGAGCAGAAGAAGAAAACCGAGAAGAUCGAGAUCGAGAAGGCGAUGGUGCCCGCGCAAUUGCGACAAGUACCUGUGCUGGCCCAGCACCCCGCCUGGUACCAAUCACACGCAGCUCUGUCCCGCUGGAGAGGGCAUCGUCAAAGGAGGUACUGCUUACAGAUAUUGCUCGGACGGUGGUACGUGGGAGACGAGGAACAUGUCGAAUUCCACGUACACCCACUACGAAAAUUGCCUGCUGCCGCAGUUGCAGGAAUUGCUGCAAAUGUGCGACGAAUUCGGCGAAACCACUUGCAUAGAGGUGGGUUUUUUUUGGUUGUCUUCGAACGGUCAAUCAGCCACUCAGAAGAUAGAGAAGCGAAACAAACUGUCGUUUCUGAGAUUCACUGAGAAAACUGCGACGCUAUUGCACGAUAUAUUCAGGUUAGUGAAGUACAUCGAUCAGGAAUUGGAGCCCGGAAAGAAGUUUCUAAACACGGGGUACUUGCUGCAAAUCAACAUCGCUCUGUUGGAAUACGCCAGGACGGCCUUGUUUUUGUGGAUGUUCAUCGAAGGCCUCUAUUUACACAAUAUGAUCACGGUGACCGUUUUCCAAGAGUAUAAUUACAUCAAAAUAUAUUGCUACGUGGGCUGGAUACUACCCGGGGUGAUGUCAGCCGUUUGGCUCAUUACAAUGCUAGUCGAAGACAUGACAUGGGAAUAUUAUUACUUUUUGAACUACUACUGGAUACUCGAAGGGCCCCGUGCAGCCGUCAUUAUCAUUAACCUCAUGUUUCUGCUCAACAUCAUCAGGGUUUUGGUGGUGAAGUUGCGGGAGAGUCGCACCAGCGAAAUCGAGCAAGUAAGGAAGGCGGUGCGCGCCGCGAUUUUCCUGUUGCCGCUAAUGGGAAUAUCACACAUUCUGUUUUUCCAUUACAAAUUCAACGAAGCCUGGAAGUUCGCCGCCUGGAUGUUCCUGUCCUAUUUCUUGGGGACGUUUCAAGGAUUUUUUGUAGCCGUAUUGUACUGCUUCCUCAACGGAGAAGUGCAAACAGCAAUCAAAAACAGCUUCUAUCUCAGAAUGUCGCUGAGAAACAACGACUACGCGCCCUGCAGGAAUUUCGCUCUGAUUUCUUUGGGUCCCGAACACGGAGCUAUACAAAACGGGGAAACGGCCAAAUGGAUACUGUGCUGUAAAUACAAGCGAUCUUCGGUAGAGGAAACUGAGAUCAAUUCUUCCAGGGACAAUUGGAUGUCCAAAAACACCGUAGAAGAAACUGACAUGUCGCUCAUUCAAGCCCCUCUGAACGAAAAAGAACCCUCUUAAAAAAACUACUAAUGGACCUAUUGCCAUAUCAUCGUAAAAUUCUAAAACCGAUCAAAUUGGAUUGGGAAUUUUUAAAAUUGAUUAACGAGUAUUUAAUGUUUUGAUACUAAUGAUAAUAUUAUAUAUUUGUACGAGAAUUUCCCGCACUUCUCUUUGUGAUAAUGCGCUAGUAAAGCAGCUUGGCACUUUGGAUAACGGAACAAAUUAGAUAUUUAUAUCGUGACAUUUCUAAGAAUUAUGCUAAAUAUUGUUAUUUAUUGGCUUUAUAUUACAACGUAUCUAUUCGAUGUAUGUUAUUAUUAAUUAUUUUUCAAUAGAUAUAUGAAGAUACUUAAAUAGUUUAUUUGUAUUGCUUUAUAAGCAUUUAGAAGUCUUGUAAGUAUUGUACCUUUGUGAUGUUUAUUUUUUAAUAAAAAUACUAAAA